UAACGAUAGAGAGCAGAAUGACCGUCGUCGAGGGAACGAUUCUCUACGACCUAGAUACAGACUUUCAAUUUUCGAUUUGUACGCUCUAAGAACCUAUGAGCAGACGAGUAAAGCAUCGCCAUGUUGCGCGACUGGAAAGUAGGAAAGAUGGAGGAAAGGGAACCUACGUGCAAUUUGGUCGCUAAUUUUAAUUUUCAAUAGACAGAACGAAAGUGGAGAAUAAUAGACAACCAAAUCUGUUGUGAAUGAAUCUUUUGUUAAUUAUCUAUGUAUAUGUAGUAAGUAUCGCAAAACUUAGUAUAUCGUCGUAAACAUGGCGUCAAAUGAUUCCCAGUGAACCAGCCAUCAAAUGAAUUAAUGUUAUUAUUAUUUAUUCGCAGAUGACUGUGCCUAUCUCUUUCGUAACAAUGUCGCUCCAAAAAAAUUGUGAAAUUCCGUAAAAACUCACGACGACCAAGCGUCGUUAGUUAAACUGUUUGCGUGACGAUAGAAGCGUCGUUGGCUCAUCCGUGCCACUUUAUUUUCACCGAGGACGCUCCUGCGCGCAUCGUUUUGUCACACUUGCCGAUUCGCAGGGACGCAACGAAACAAUUGAAAGAUCAUCUCGACGAACGACGCUGUUCGGUGUCCCCGACCGUAAUGCUUUCGCAAUGAAACAGCGCGAUUGUUCAACCACAAAUUGCCUAAAAAAUUCACAAAGUUUGAGAACAAACGCGAACAGGCGCACGUUUUGUAAAGUAAUCUCUGAAGCGGCAUAAAAAGAAAGCUGGUACGAGACCAGCGAAUACGCGACAGCAUCCCAUGCGUGACAACUAUAUAAAAAGGUGAAACUCGACAACGGAAAGAACCACUUUCGUGUCGUCCUCGCGUCAAAACGCGCCCGAAGAGUUUUGCGACUUCCCGCGUAAUUUCCCAAACAGUCGCCUAAUUUCCUCUCGCGAUGUCGCAACGGUUCAUUUGCAUUUUCUUGACAACCGUCGCGGUUUCCUACGCGGUCACGACGAAGUCCGAAUUUGUUACGAGUCCCGAACUCGACAAGAAGGAACCUGGCGGAGACAAACUUUUGGCGAGCAUCGUACGCGGUCGAAAUUCGACGAAGUCGCUGCACGUGAAGAGCAACGACAGCGACUUGUACGACAGAGGCACGGAUAAGCAACCGAGAACAGCGAUUCAUCGAUCGGAAUCGGACACCAGAGGUUCCAGCUGCUGCGGUUCCAAGUACGGUUCCGGUGCGUCGACGCGACCGGAUUCAUACUACAACAGUAAGGUCCCCGCGGACGGGGGUCGGUAUCCAUUUCAAUACGGUGAACGUUUACCCGCCGAUAGGUACGGGUGGCAAGGUCAAGGCCAACCGCCCGGUUCGAACGGAAUCGCCGGAAGACCCGGAGGCGGAAACUACGUCGGAACUGCGCACCACGAUGGAAGUCAAGCAGGAGAUAGAUUUGGUUCCCGUCCGAGUUAUGGAAGUGAAAGUUCACGCAGACCCGCCGGCUACGAGUCCCCAACUUCUGCGGGAUAUGGUUACGGGAAUGGUGGUUACGGGGGUUAUGGCUCUGUUCGACCAACUGGCCACGGGGGGUCAGCUGCGAGUAGUGGCUAUGGAGUUUCAGGAAGUUUCGCUAACGGCGACGAAUUCGGUCCCCACGAGCCGAAUUAUCCGGAAGGAAACGGUCCCCCGCAUCCGAAUUUUCAAACGCAGAAGGCCGUGGCUUUAAAAGCAUUAGCUGGUGUUGCUUUAAUCGGGGCAGCUGCUGCUUUAGCUACGAACCCCAUUCUCCUACCAAUUGGCAUUGUAUCAGGAAGAAAGAAACGAUCGUAUUUGUCAGUCAAUGACGAAGACGCUCACGUGAAUUACAUUUUAAGGGACUUAAAAGACAACUUCACCAAGGUUGACGGUAAUGGAAAUGAAAAGAAACUAUUAGUUUCUCCGACAUGCAUUGCCAGAAUAGCGUGCGAAAUUCAGAAAAAUUCUUGGUCCCAAUCGAACAAAGGCGUCAAAGGGAGAAUAGAAUCGGAACGACGUUUUACCGAUUUGAUUUCCAAUGAUGAACUCGAUAAGGAAUAUAAGAGUGUACGCAUUAAAAUGAUGAUGAAAGCGGCAACCACCGUUGCGAUGAAUGGAGGAAACUGUAACGUGUUUCCGUGUACAUUUGUAAAAAAUGUAGAUCCCAAAAAACAAUUCGCUCUUAAACUUUGA